UUCGACUCCUAAUCCCGCUCGGUUGCGAACACUUCACCGCGUAUAGCUUAGGUUUAACCACCCAUCUAUAUAAGGCAAGCAGCGGCUGCCUCAACAAUCAACCCGCACCCAAUUUCUCCGCCUCUCGCGAUCGCAAAACUUGAUCCCGCAAGGAACGAUCGGCACUCCAGGAGAAGGAACUAUCGGCAAGGGGAUGGCGUCCACGCCGGGCACCUCGGGCUCCGGCGGCGGCGGCCACCCGCCGCACCGGCACGUGAGCAAGAAGACGAUGUGGAGCGAGGAAGAGGACAGGCUGCUGCGUCAGCAGGUGCGGCUGCACGGCGCGCAGAGCUGGGACAAGGUCGCCGAAGCGCUGGAGCAGGCGCUGCCCAACAAUCGCACCUCCAAGUCGUGCCGCCUCCGGUGGUACCAGCACCUGGACCCCAAGGUGGACGCCGUCAAGCCCUUCACCCGCGACGAGGACAAGCUCAUCAUCCACUACCAGGCCAUCCACGGCAACCGCUGGUCCACCAUCGCCGGCUUCCUCUCGGGCCGCACCGACAACGCCGUCAAGAACCGCUGGAACUCCGUCCUCAAGUGCCACGCCCGCGCGUCGUCGUCCGCCGAGCGCCCGCGGGCCCCUUGUGCCGCCGCCAGAAACGCCGCGUGCGCCGAGCUGACUCAGGGGUGCCUCUCGCUGUUCCCUCUGGCGAGCGGGGAUGUCAGGCAGCACGGGAGCCGCCCCUCGCCGGGAGUCUUCAUGCCUCUGGCGUCCGAGGAGGACGUCUCGGAUGUUGAGACAGGUGCGUGCCUCGAGCUGUUCCCUAUGGCGCCCGGGGACAUCAGGAGCAAUGCGGGCGCUGCGGCAUCGAAGGGCAUGUCUUGCGGAGCUGGCGACCCGCUCACGGAGCUGAGGCUCGGGUCGGCGGCUGUUGUGGUGUUCGACGUAAUGCCGCUGCAGGCUUACCCGAUGUAGAUUCCAGUCUUGCCUUUAGCUGUUCUUUCAUCUACCUUCUGUUGAUCGUGGGGAAUUUAGUAGUGGAAUAUAUCUUGUAAUGGGGGAGCUGUGGAUGUUGGGUUAAUCAGGAACGUUUUGACGAUCGGUAUUGUAACUUUCUGGCUCCCAUUGGUAUGAAUUACUAGAACAUUCUGACCUUGUAAUAUGUCUUGCUUAUCACUAGUACUCCGUACUAAUCAAGUAUGUUCUUGGAUUCUUGUACUCCGUAUAAUUUUCUAGCUUGUUACAAAUCAAGCAAGUCUUAACUCUGUAAUUUUCUGCCUGUUGGUAAUCAAGAAGAUUCUCAACCCUUGCAAUUUUCUCCUUCA